AUGCCAUUUGGAGACGUGGUUUUGAAGACUCUCGGGGUUAGUCCUCGCCAGGCCAACACGAAUGACAUCGGCAGUCAUAGACCGCGCAAUACACAACGGAGAGAUCGCAUUCCCGAACCACGGGAUGCGCCUUAUAGACCCCAAGCUUCAGGUCUGCGGCCCCGACAUAAGCCUGGCGGCUAUACCAGUACCUACACUGGGAGCGGUGGCAGUGACCAGGUAGCUGCCAGAAGCCAGAUAAAUGGCAACUGCGCCAGAGUCGUUAGUGUCGAGUUGAAUGUGAGAAAAACUGCCAACGAAGGACAAGCUGACGCCCAGCAUGAGCAGCUCCUCAAGAUGAGCCCUGCAAGAAUGGAUCCUGGAGCACGAUCAAGUAACAAUUUGGAAUUGGACGAGCAAAGAAGUUCAGAAGACUUUGGUUCGAUGCUGAUCCGAGUCGCCGACAAGCAGAGUACCACAUCUUCUCCACGAUCUCAACGGGAAAAGGAUCUCAACAUUCGACUCAGCAAUAAGCUAGCCAAUAAGGGUUAUCAGUUGGAAAUCGAGAAGAGUAAGUAUGACAAAACAUAUCAAAAGCUGCGAGCAGCCCAACUCGAGCUGGCGCGAUCUCAAGAAACAAUUCUCGCAUUGAACAGAAGUCUGGAAGAUUGCAAAGAGCGCAUUUUCGCAAUACAACCAGCACAAGGAAUGUCAGAUAACCAAAUUCUUGAUUUGUACGAAUCAAUGUACGAGGACAUCGAGGAAUGGGCGGAUUUGUACUGUGGUGACGUGAAUAAUACGAUCGUUUCCAUGGCCAUGGCCCAGAUGGACGAUCAAGAAAACACCUGGGUCUGGAAACUCUUCAGUUACGAAGAAUUAGAGUGCACCAAUGACAACAUGUCCAUCGACAAGUCAAUGCUUGCGUCCUUUGUGUUCCGAAUUUUACACGACAAAGUUUUGAAGGAAAGCUGUCCGAUGGUGCGGCUAGAUGCAGCGAGCAAGUCAACCCUCAAGUCUCUCAGCGACUCGAUCGCCCGACUGCAACCAGCGAAAGAUAGAGAAAGUUGCCAGAUGUGGAAAAUGGACAUGCAUCGUGCAUUGAGAGCUUCCGAGAGAUUGAAGGACGUGGAGAGCGCUGGUGUCAAGCAAGUCACUCGCUUGAUUCUAGAAUGCUUGGAGUUUGUUGUACCGGCAGCACAUCAGGAUGUGGAAAUGGAGGAUGAGUUGCACAAGAUUGUCUCCAUGGCUGCAGAUCUCGCGAAGAACAUUCGGAUCAACAUGGCAGAGUAUGCUUUCGACUUUCCUCUAGAUGCGGAGUGCGGCGCGGAGGAGAGAGUCAUGAUGGCCGACGACAUGAAAAACUACUCAAUCAUCGACAGCAAUACUGGGUUUCCUCUGAGAGCUUCCAGCAAGGUGAUCGCUGACCAGGGCGGCAGGGUUGGAGAGAAGUUGAGCUUGAUAUUUCCAGGUCUUGUUCGACGGGAUACUCAACAGGACAAGCGGAUCGAGUUGUGCAAGCCAGUCAUCGUUGUCAAAUUUGACCACACGAUUCCGCGCGGUGGGAAGCCCAAAGCUUUUGUCUGA